GACAACCACCACAUGACUUGCUUUAAACACAUCACAGUCUCCAAGGCUUCCCUGCUCCUCACACUUACAGGCUGCUCACUGGCGGGGAAGUGUUUCACUUUGACAGAAUGCAUCGAUCCUACCAGCCAAUCUUACCAUGUGGUAAUAAAUACUUACAGCAAAAAUGGGAUAAAACUUACUAUGAUGAGCAUAAAAAAAAGGUUCAGUCUGCCAAGCCAGUGGUAGAUACAAACAGUCCACACACAUAUGUUCAUCUUAACACAAAAAUGAAGAAGCUGAAGCUAGAGGAGGAACGUCUAGCAGUGAUUGAAAGAGACAACCAUUUGCUACUUCAGAAGAUGUCAGCCAUCAUGAGAACCAAGGGGAGGGUGGACAAUAAAAAUGAGUAUGAAGCAAAAAGUUUAAAUAAAGAGAAACGGUACAGAGAAUUAUUAAGGUUAUCCAAAGAAAAUCAGACCAUUCUGGACAGGAUUACAAAGUGUGAACCUCAGUAUCAGGUGGAGAAGUGGCAUGAAGAUUGGGUGAAAGCAGAAAAAUACAUGGACAGCAUUGCCAGAUACCCAAGAGGGUGGUGGUGCCAAGAGAAGAGUGAAUUAGGAGACAAAAAGGAAUCUGCCAAAGGAAUGGAUUCAAGUGAAAGUUCAGUAAGAGAGAAAAAAACAAAAAAAGGAAACAUGGAAGACAAAGAUAAAAGGAAAAGAAUGGUUUCAAACAAAGAGGUUGGUGCAAAAUCCAGGGUAACCAAGGAUAAUCAGGCAAAAGAUACAGACAAAGCCAGGGAAAUACAUCAUGAACCUAAAAAUUACACCACAAAAGAUGGGUCAGAAACAGAUAGUGACCUUGGAGGUGAUGGAGAAGGAUAUGAAGAUUCUGCAGAAGAUGAAGAAGAACAUGCAGCAGAUGAGAGGGCUGCAGACGCACAACCAGCAGAAGAAGAUGAUGGGGCAGCCCAUAAAGAUUAUGAUAAGGAAACCCUAAAGAAAAAAUACAAACAGGAAGAAAAUGAAGAUGACUCUGGCAGUGAUGCCAAAUCUGACAUUAGCAGAUCAACACACAGGAGAGUGCAAAAAGAAGAUGAAGAAGAAAGAGAGCAUUCUGGGGAUGAGAAAUAUUCAGAUGCAGAAUAGAUUCUUAUGGUAGAAUUCUGGGAGUUGUGGUUUAGAAACAUUACAACCACAAAUUGCCCAUUCCUUUAUUGAAUACACUCAACUGUAAAAUCAUUUAUUAUAAUUGCUGAUUUCCCAACAAUAGUGGCAAAUUAGCUCACAUUAUCACUUUACCUUGUCAGUCCUUAGCCAAAAUAUCUAAUGUACAUUUUGAAAGAUUAAAAUAGCUUUUAUGUUCAUUAAUGAGCAAAUCACAUUACACACAUCUGUAUAUAGCUUUGUAGUGGAAUAGUAGAAAUGUAAAGGAAAACCAGUUGGUAUCCUUGGGCAGGAGAUGACUUGAGAAACUCGCCUCAGGCGCCCACCAAGUUACCGGGGAGGCAAACAGCCACUCCCAGUAACUAUUUCAGAUUUUUUUCUCGAUGUGCACCCCCCCCUUCCCGCUCUGGCGCAAAACAGGCGAGCAAGGGGGCGGCAUCAAUUUGGCCGUCUAAAACCGCUAGGACCCCUAAGGUGACACUGUCCUUGGGUGCUUGUGUGUAGACAGAGAGAGAGACAAGUAAGACAGACAGACAGAUAGGCAGGAUUUUCUUUAACAAAUCUUUUAGCAUGCAAUAAGUUUGCUACUCUUUCCUAUAAACUGUAUAUCUACAUAUAGUGCCUUUGCAGAGAUUAUGAAAAGAUAAACAACUGUACUGAAACAUUUCGGCCUCAAAAGUAAGACAAAAUGCAAACUCUCAUACAAAGAGAAUGUGUAAUCACCAAUACCUUGGAAAUAAAAAGAAUUUAAAUUAAAUAA